UUCUUGGUAGUAGCUGGGAGAGUGGGCAUGGGACAGAGAGAAGAGAGAACAGAAAAAGAAUUGUAUACCACCGUGUCUGAAACUGUCUUCUGCUUGCAGAUAAUUACAUCCAAGUUGCACUUUUCCCUUUUUAUUUCUGUUUUUGGACAGUUCUUUUAUCAUCCAGCCCACUGGAUAGACAAAGCACUGUUGGUGCCCUGAGCCACAGAACUCUGGUAGGGGGCUGGCUGUAAAUUGACGUGGCAUGGAAAUUCUCCGCUAAGUUGUAGCAGCUUGCAUGUUUCUCUAAGAUCAAGCCCAGCCUCCCGGGGCUGUAGCUUAAUCAUGGGUUCAAUGACUUUACAGAAAAAUGGAUAGAAAAAGUCUUCAGCUCCUUUCUUUGGAUCCAAAUGUUUUCUUUUUGAGUAUCUAUGAUUUAGCUGAAAACAAAAUCAAAGCAGUUAAGUCUGUAACUUUCUUUUUGCAGCUUAAACAACAGAAUUUGCUGCUCUCCCUCCCCUUUCCUGCAAUUUAAUUCCUUGCAGAUUUUGCCAUGGGGUGCGGACUUAGAAAGCUAGAAGACCCUGAUGAUAGCAGCCCUGGAAAAAUAUUUUCUACCCUGAAGAGACCGCAAGUGGAAACAAAGACAGAAUUUGCUUACGAAUAUGUAUUGCUGGAUUUUACUCUACAAGCUUCACCAAACCCAGAAGUUAUCAAGAUAAAUUCAAUUCUGGAUAUAGUCCCCAAAGUGGAAGACUAUUACCUUAAAGGAUAUAUCGUUGGAGCUAUUCAUCCUGUUAUACAACCUGUGGGGCAGCAAAAACACCUGCCUGCAAGUUACCUAUAUAGGGUGGUGCUGUCACGCUUGAAAUUAAGCCCGAAACAUUUGGCAGCACCCAGUGGACAAAGACGCCCAAGGCUUCUGAUUGAGGAAUGUCCUCUAAUUUAUGAGACACAAACCAAUGACAUAGCAAAAGAACUGAUAGAAAAGAUUAAUGUUGCUGCCAAAAGAGGAAUGAAAUUUGUUGGAUUCAUAUCACAGCAUUAUUCGCCAUCUAAAUUCUGCAACGGAACCAACCAUGAUGGAGAUAUAGAAUCAGUGCUACAUGUGAGACACAGUCCAGGUGAAAACCCUAAAAGUUGGAAUGAAGGGACCUUAAGUGGACAAUCAUCUGAAAGUGGGAUUGAGGAAGAGCUUCACCAGGAGAGUGGACAGUGUCAAAUGGAACAAAAUGGCAGCCCCAGUUCCUCUAAAACAAGGAAGGGAGAAGAUAACAAAUUGUAUAUAGUCUUCAAUGCUUUUGAUGAUGAUUCAACCUGCUGGACCUAUCAGGAAGGCAUCCUGGCAAUGAAAGUAACAAGAAAAGGCUCUGUGAUUAGCACACUUGAUGCUGAUUGGCUUGAAUUAACUACGUUUUAUUAUAAGCAAGGCUUAUCUUUAAUUGAUUCUUUUGUAUGCUGGGAAACACCUAAAGGGGACCAUUUGCCUAAAUCUUUGGAAGGAUUUUUUAUCUAUGAAGAAGAAGGUUCUGGAGUUCCAGGUUCUAGUAGGAAAGGAAAUGAUGCCAUUGUAGUAGAACAAUGGACCGUUGUUGAGGGCUGUGGAAUCAAAACGGACUAUGGCCCUCUGCUGCACACUCUAGCUGAAUUUGGAUGGCUCCUGACAAGCGUGCUGCCGACGCCUAUAUUGAGACAGGACAGUGAAGGGAAUUUGGUUACUAAGCAGGUCGUAUUCCUUCAGAGGCCAGUUAUGUGGAAUUCAGCUGCUCAAACACCAGAUAAGAAAGCCAGCCAGCAUGUAAAAAGCGAAGACAGGAACAAAGUCUCCAGCAGGAGCGUGGGAUCAGACACAGCAGCAUCACAGGUUUCAGAGAGCAGACACCCACCUGAGGAGCGCCUGCUGUCUCCUUCCAGAGAGUGCUGGACACAGGGGGCAAGGCCAGCCCAGUCCAGCGGCUUCCCAGGGCUCAGCAGCAGCAGCAGCGUCCUCCGGGAAUUAGACGAUGGGCAGUUUGAUCAGGAAGAUGGGCUGACACAGGUCACUUGUAUGUGAGUCACAAGCCGAUGCAAUGGAAGGCCUUGUAAAUAAUUAUUACAAUAAUUUUCAACUGACGGUAUUGUAUUACUUUAUCUGCAUUUAUGUAAUAUUUUUGAAUUUUUCUAUACUCAACUUUUCCUCUAAUCUAUGUAAAAACUUUGGUGUGACCUCUCAGACAAGGAAUAACCAAUAUAUUUAUACAUUUAGAAUCAUGUUUACACUUCUCUCAACUAAAACAUCUGUUUAAACAGAUGUUCCAUUGGAUUAUUAAGUAGUAAUCUACUUCAGUUUCUUAUGAAUGUACAAAGUAUGCUUUUCUUACAAGUCCUGGUAAAAAGACUGAGUACCAAUAUUUUACCUAAGUAGCGAGUUCUCAGGAAGUUAGUCUUACUUAAACUGAAAAAUAAUCUCUUUCUCAUAAACACACACACAGCUGAUUACUGAAAAUAAAUAUCUAUUUCUCGAAUAUAAGAAUUAAUCCACAUUUUGUCUUUAACUAUAGUAUACAUAUGCAAAGCAAGCCACUACAUACAUUAAUGUGUUUUUUAAAAAAAAUAUUUAUUGUAUGUCUUUGCUUUUUACUGAGCUUUAAACACUGUUGCUCCUAAUAGCUUAGAAAUACAGAAAGCAAAGCAGCACCUCCUAAAAUUUAAUGUGAGAAACCAAAAUAUCAACAGGUAAAAACUUUAACAGACAGAUUUAAUAUUCUUACCUUAAAAUCCAAACACUAUGAAGAGGGAAACAUCACAUUCAAAUGGAAACUGACGUUUUUUAAUCUGUCAAGAUUUGAAUUAUGCUUCUGUUUUGACUUGCUAAAUCCUGAAUAAUGUUGAAACCCAGAAUUUUCAGUGCUGCAGGAGUAGGAUGCUCAGUUUGUGUAUAAUAACGUACUUGUCCCAUCUCUGCUUCUCUUGCCUCUGCUAAUAGGGAUGCCUUUGCCUUGCUCCAGUCUUUAAGAGGUAAAAAUUAAAAUUCUACAAAAUAGAGGAUUUUCACUUAUCUACAAAAGGCUUACUUUUGAAAAGUGCGAACCUUCAAGUGAAUUACAGUCGACUUUGAUGAAUUCAGUCUAUUAUAUAUUUUUAUUAACAUUGACAUUGACAUUGUAAGAUCAUUUGAAUAAUAAAAUGUCACUUAUCAUUGGGAUACUGUUUUAUUGAACACGAACACCCAUUAAUAUGUUUUAUACAUUAUAACAAAUAUGUAUUAUAUGUUAUCAAAUAUAUAGCAUAACCAAAGUAAGCCAAACUCCAUGAAUUAUUGAUAAGAUUAACAGGAAUUAUUCUACUUCUAUCAUCCAGAAGCAUCACAUAUACACUGGUAGUGUAAAGGAACUUGAGAAUACUGUGCUCAGCCUUAUUCUGUGGAAAGUCCUGUGAACAAUAUUUGCAGAAAUGUUUGUUGUUUCAUCUUUUAGAUAAACCUGAGUUACAUAUUCAACAGUUGGUGGAUUUUUGGUAGAAACGAUCUUUACUUCUGGAGUCCACAAGAUGUAAAGAAGUUAAGAACAUGGGGAAUGUACUCAGUUUUUCCCAAAGCCCAGUCUGCAAGAGGUAGAGACUCUCAGUCAUUAUAUAUAGCGUGGCCAUAAAGUUCAUGUGCAAUUUAAAUAGUUGUGACUACUUAAAGUAUCAGAGAUAAAAAUUGAUACAUGUAUUUAAGUAAAGAAAAACUCAGAAAUAUAUCAACUUGGUAAACGGUCUGUGAAGCUAGUGAAUGAUGCCUCA